ACAUUGAUUCUUAUCGUUGUUGUUUGUGCUUUUCGAUCGCGGAUGUGUGCUUUUCGAUCUCGCGAUCUCUAAUUUCUUUAGCAAUAUAUGUGUAUAUAUAUUGCACAGUGACAACAGACAGAGAAAGAGAACAACAACUGCAUAUAUGCGAUUUAUCAGGCGUGUUCUGCUGUGUGCGUGGGCGUGCGAAUAAAUAAUAAUAACACGAAAUGAACGACCAAGAAAGACAACAACUGCAGCAGCAGCAGCAGCAGCAGCAGCAAUACUAUCAAAGCGACUGGAAGACGGUUAAUAGUCAUGGAAAUUCGUUAUCAGACAGCCGGGAUUAUGAUACCAACUCGUCGCGCAAUUCGCUCUCCGGCUCACCGCCCGCCGCCUCGAAUUCCUCCUGCUCCGGUUCCCUGGAUUUCGAUCGACCACUGGCCCAAUUGCUCACCCCCAAACUGGAGUCCGAUGGCCUGGGCAUCAUUCACGGCGAUAGCUACAGCAUCUACGGCAGCCAGGCAGCGGAAUCAACCAGCGGCGAGCAACAGGUGCUUAAUCUGGGGCCUUCGCUGGAUGCGGAGGACGUCCAGGCUUCGUACAGUGCCCUGUUCCUUCAGGAGCAACUCACUCACCCACAAACUCACGCACAUCCACAACAAAUAGUUCCUGCGGAAGCGGACCAAGUUUUCCCGCUACCGGAUCAACUAACGCCCAUGCCCAUGCCCAUCACGGUCAUACCCAUCACAUACCAUCACACCACCGAGAAUCUCAGCUCCAGCCAUGCGGAGGUUCCACUGAUAGCCAGUCUGAGCGAAAGCAGCGCCCAGGUGUUCAAUCUGGAUGACAUCUGCUUUACGCUGGAGUACCAGUUCGAGAACCAGAAGCUCGUCCAGGUCCAGCCGCCCACUGUGGUCUCCCUCAGCAUGGUGUCCACCUCCGGCGAGGGUGCAACAAACUGUGAUAAUGCCCAGGGAACUGGAAACCUCAACUCCAGGGGCUCCCAGACAAGUUCUCCGGCUUAUUUCACUAUUGAGACGAGCUUUGUGGAUGAAUACGAUCCAAAUGAACCGGACGAGGACGAGCAGCUGGCCCACUGCAUCCAACCGGGCGUUCUGCACCAAGAUGCGGGGGAGGAGGAGAUGGAGGAAAGGCAGGACGAGAAUGAUCAGCUCAUGGCGCUGGCCUACGAGAGUUCGGAUGAGGCUCUCAGUCGCUAUAGAUGCAACUACGAGAACUGUUAUCGCAGCUACAGCACAAUUGGAAACCUGCGAACGCAUUUAAAGACGCACACGGGCGACUACAGCUUCAAAUGCCCGGAAGACGGAUGCCAGAAGGCCUUCCUCACCUCCUACAGCCUGAAGAUCCACGUUCGCGUCCACACGAAGGUGAAGCCCUACGAAUGCGAGGUGACCGGCUGCGAUAAGGCCUUCAACACACGAUACAGAUUGCACGCCCACCUGCGCCUGCACAAUGGCGAGACGUUCAAUUGCGAGCUGUGCCAGAAGUGCUUCACCACCCUGAGCGACCUGAAGAAGCACAUGCGCACCCACACCCAGGAGCGGCCCUACAAGUGUCCCGAGGGCGACUGCGGCAAGGCCUUCACCGCCUCGCAUCACCUGAAGACGCACCGGCGGACGCACACUGGCGAAAAGCCGUAUCCCUGCCAGGAGGACAGCUGCCAGAAGUCAUUCAGCACAUCGCACAGCUUGAAGUCCCAUAAGAAGACGCACCAGCGGCAGUUGGUCAACAAGGGACGCAAGAAGAAGCCAUUGAAAUCGCAGCAAAGAGAUCAGGAGCAAAAGGAUCCCCAGCAGGAGCAGGAGCAGGAUGAAGAGGAGUUCAUCAAAGAGGAUUCGACGCCGGAGAUAAUGGUGCUAAAUCCAGGCAGUCACUGCUCCGAAACCACUAGCACGGACAGCGGAGUGGUGCUGCAGACGCUGACGCAGCAGGAUCAGCUGUCCAAUGUGUUUAUUCUACAGGGUGACGAACCUCUGAUACUGCCCGAAACAUCACAGGCCUAUCAGCUCUCCUACGCCGCCGAGGAGGAGAUACCCAGUCCGUGGAUAGACGCCGGCGUGCUUGUCUCCAAGCCCAUCAUUCCCAUGGCUCCGCUAACGGAUGCCUGCGUGGCCCUGCCCACCGAGAUGCCAAGUUUCGUGGACCUUAAACCCACUUUCGGCAAUGCAGUGAGUGGCAACAUGGGUGAUCCGCAGGCGGAGACCAUGGAUGUGGACGCCACUCUGGAGCCCUCGCUGCCCACACCCACCUUGGAGUUGAAUCAGCAGAAUAUCGAAGAGCUGCUGAAGCAGGACAGCUUCGACAACGAAGAGGACAUGGAGACGGAGUCAUUGCUUAACGACAUCCUCAUGACCAUCGACAACAACAGCGCCCUGUUGCAGGCCACACUGCAGCAGGCCUCCCAAGUGCCCAGCGAUGCCUCCGGCCUGGUGGAACUGGACAUCCGGGACAACAAGCCCACCCUCAAGCAGAUCACAGCGGAUGCGGGCAUCUGCAAUUGCACCAACUGCAAGUGCGAUCAAUCAAAGAGCUGCCACAGCGGCGACUGUGGUGCUGCAGCUGCUCAAAAGGCCACCAGGACGACCACGACGACAACGAUGAAUUCCAGCGGUGGCAAACGCAUCUGCGGCAGCGUGGCGCCCACCAAAAAAGUGAGUAAACGCGAGGCGGAAAUGAACCAGAACAUCGAGGAUGUUGCUUUGCUGUUGCAAAACCUUGCUUCCAUGGGUACCGGUGGCACCUCUGGCGGCGGCGGCGGCGGAGGUUGCUGCGGCGGUGGUGGUGCUGCAGCCGCCAAGCCGGCACCUUCUGCUGGAGGCUGCUGUGCCGGAGAGCCAAAGGCUCCAGAGCCCGUGAAGACCGGAUGCGGCUGUUCCCAGCCGAGUAAGCCCUCCUCCGGUGGCUGUUGCGGCACUGGAGGUGCUCCUGCUCCUCCUCCACCAGCUCCCUCGGGAGGCUGCUGCUCGGGCAACCAGAAGCCAGCAGUCGCUCCUCCUCCAGCCUCGGGCUGUUGCUCUGGCCAGGGAAAAGCGCAGGAGCCACCCGUCAUCAGCAGUGCUCCUUCAGCUCCCGCUGCCGCCGUCAAGGGCAACGCCUGCACCUGCAAGAGUCCGGCGGAGGGCGUGGCCAACGGCUGCUGCGUGGUGAUCUGCAUUAAAACGCUGCAAGCGCUCCGCAAAGUUCUGACGCGCCGGAAUCUGAACCUAAUGCUUUGUCCACAGCAGAACUAAACUAAGAACUACUUAUGUACACUAAUCCCAAAGCCCCAAAGAAACCCAAGAGCCCACAGAAUCCAAUCAUGUAAUCAAUCAAGUAUUGUGCCUGUAAAAAGUAUUUCCCCAUAAAGAACCAGAAAAAGAGACCUAAAAACCCUUGAAAUUGUCAAAAUGCAUUUAAGCGAAACGAUUCAACUAUAUGUGAUCCCAGCGGAGGCUGGCCGCGCUACAAACAAACAUUACAAAAGAUACCCUAAACGUACUAUAAUCAUUACGAACCCAAAAUUAUCUAGAAUCCCAAAGCAACUUCUAUUGAGCGCAUAGAAAGCUUUUUGCAAACUGACGGCGAUAAACGAGACAUUGCCAUAAAUCCAUUGUACGAAGAUAUGCCGAACUAUGUAGUAUAUGGUCAAUUGAUUCAUAUGUAUAACAAGACAGUUGAUAACAUGCCGUCAGCUCCCUUUUAAUAUAAAGCUCUUUCUUGUUUUUGUACAUUUUGUUUAAUAUUUAACACGUUAAAUACCUUUGAGUUUAUCUAAAACUAACAAUUAUAAUUUAUUACUACCCCAGAUCCUAAGCGAUCCAUGUCUUUAGGGACGUAAUAUUUAUGGGGGGUUUUCAUUUGUUAAACUGUAUCAAAUAUAACAGAAUACUUUUGUGUUUUUUAUCGAGUUUAUGACGCUUUAUAUCAUGCCAAAUAUGAACAGAAACAUAUUUUCUACUGUUUUCUUAUAUACCCAAAGUUAAAUCAUCUGUAUAAAGUCGAAUAAAACAUAAAACUAAA